GCAACAAAGAAGGAAAAAACUUCUUUUCUGCCCAAUUUGCCCCUAGCCCACAAAGAAAGAAUUUCCCCAAUCUCUCUCUCUUCUCUCCUCUCGACGAGCGAGCGUCGAGCGAGGGAGGAGGAGCUGGAGGCUGGAGCCGCCGGCCAAAUCGAGCCUCAGAUCUGUGUUGGACCGCGCGCGCGCGGAUGAAGCCGUGGAGCUAAGCCAAGCCCAAGCCCAAGCUACCACGAUCGAGAAGGAGGAAGGGAGGAUGCGCAUGCGGGUGCUCCCGGCGUUCAGCGCCGCGCCGCCGCCACCGGCGCCUCCUCCUCCUACGCCGGCCGCACCAGUCAAGGUGUACCUCAACAUCUACGACAUCUCCCCCAUCAACAAUUACCUCUACUGGUUUGGGCUCGGCAUCUUUCACUCCGGCCUCGAAGUGCAUGGCAUGGAGUUUGGGUUUGGAGCCCACGAAUACCCAACUAGCGGAGUCUUCCAAGUAGAACCAAAAAGCUGUCCUGGCUUCAUCUUCAGGCGCUCAGUGUGUGUGGGUACCACCGAUAUGUCCCGUUCUGAAGUUCGCACUUUCUUAGAGGAUCUCGCCGAGGAUUAUCAUGGCGACACUUACCACUUGAUUGUCAAGAACUGUAACCAUUUCACGGCUGACGUCUGCAAGCGUUUGACGGGAAAGCCGACUCCUGGAUGGGUCAACCGACUUGCCCGAUUAGGUUCUGUUUGCAACUGUGUACUGCCUGAAAACAUUAAGGUUAAUGCAGUUGGAGAUGGAAGUGCACACCUUGAAUUUUCUGAUGAUGGCUUGGAGUCAAACGCGUCGAUCGUCGAUGAUAGCGACAUCGAUGAUCUAGACCACCUUCUAACAACACCCAACAGCGAAAUUGUAUCUUCGAUAGACAAGACAUUAACUCCUGGAAGGGAUAGCUUAUAAUUGUCUCUGUUGUUCAUGAAUAGUGUUGCCUGUUUUGUGGUUGUUUGCUGAGUUCUAGUGGUGGUGGUGCUGGUGGUGGUGGCAGGGCCAGACGAUGAUCCAGUUAAAGUUGGGGUGGUCACUGCUACAUAUGUAGCUGUAGAGAGGUAGUAACUGUGGUUUGUCUAAUUGUGGCGAAGGCCAAGUUAACCAACAUGUGUGAUGGUUGUGUGCUGUGUGCGUGAUUGUAACUGUUGUUUUGAGAGUGGUGUGCAGUUGUAUAUUUGUGUAACUAGUUGACAAUUGUUUUGUUGUGUAUAAAAUGGCUUGACCUGGUGUUUGCUACA